AUGGUGAAGAUCACAUUCCAGCCUGUCGCGGGGCAGAAAGAGGAGAAAGACAACGAUGGCGGCAAGGGCGAAAUCCUCAUUCCCCAUCCGAUGGAGGAGGAGGAUGAGCUUGUACUGCCAUUGCGUCCCCAGAAGUCACCUCUCAACGGGCUAUGCUGCCUGACAUUUGGCCUUGUUGUCUUCAUGGCAGGUCUGGUCCUCGCCUCCAUCUAUGUGUACCGCUACUACUUCAUACCUCAUGCCCCAGAGGAGAACAUGUUCCAUUGCAAGGUAGUUUACGAGGACUCUAUGUACGCACCGCUGCGUGGGCGACAAGAGCUGGCGGAAAACGUAGGCAUCUACUUGGCUGAUAACUAUGAGAAGAUCACUGUGCCUGUGCCUCAUUUCGGAGGAAGCGAUCCUGCUGACAUAAUCCACGAUUUCCACAGAGGAUUGACCGCUUACCAUGAUAUUGCUUUGGACAAGUGCUACGUAAUUGAGCUAAACACCACCAUUGUGAUGCCUCCGCGCAACCUUUGGGAGCUGCUCAUCAACGUUAAGAAAGGAACGUACCUGCCUCAGACCUACAUAAUCCAUGAAGAGAUGGUGGUAACCGGGAAAGUGCAUAACAUGCGUCAGCUGGGACCAUUCAUCUACCGCCUUUGCAACGGAAAGGACACGUACCGCUUGAACCGCCGUGUCUCCCGCAGACGGAUCACCAAGCGAGAGGCGAAAGACUGCCACCGUAUUCGCCACUUUGAGAAUACAUUCGUGGUGGAGACUGUUAUCUGUGAUGAAAUGUGA